ACUCUAAUUUUGUCAAAUCCUAAAAAAAUCCUAAACUAGCAAAAACUUCAAAGACGCCGUAGUGCUUGGGUGGGGAAGGCAGAUUCAGAGAGAAUUUUUCACAACAAAGAAGACCGUUUUCGCGCUUCACGUAUAAACUUGAGUCCACGUCAUUGUUGUGUAAUCAUGGCGGACGGUCGCGACUACUUCGCUUUCAAUGACUACCAAGGUUAUUACAAUCCAUACUUCGUUCCAUAUCCUAAUAUACCGCCUCAAGCGUCUACUAGUGGUGUAAAUGUACAACCUACGUCGAUCUCGCCGGGAUGUAGUGGAGCCAACACGAGUAGUACAAGCAGUAGCCCUGACUUGGACAAACAGACAUCAUCCUCGAAAGGCAAAAAGGCAUAUGACAAGUUUUCUCACGAUCAACAAGCAAUGCUAGUCAGCCUUUGGGCAGAGAAACACGAUGAGCUUGAGAGCAAAGAUAACAGAAAAGUAUGGGAGGACAUUGCUAGCCAAAUCAACACAAAGUUUAACCUUAAGAGAGCCACAGACAAGUAUAAACAAAAAAUGAAAUACCUGACUGAAAGAUACAAGUCCGCUAAAGAUUGGAAUAAAAAGCAAAGUGGCGGACACCGCAAAGAAUCACUAUUCUUUAAAGAAAUAGACGAGGUUUUAGGAUGCAGGGACAUAGUUACACUACAACAUGUUGCUGACGUUGGUAACAACAACGAUUCGUUUGGCAACGAAGAUGAAUCUACCGCAGAAACAUCAAAAGAAGAACGAACUGACAGAAAGCGUAAGAGUCGCAAGAAUUCAUGACGAAUGCUUUCAAAAGCAUGAGAGAGCACAUGCUAAUGAACACAUUUAUGGAAAAUUUCACGAAAUCACAAGAACAGCAAACGCAGACUAUGAAUGCGUUGGUUGGCGCACUGACAACAUUCUUGCAAAACAGUACCAAGAAUAACUAGACUCAAUGAUAGGUACAUCAACUUUUAUUUGUUGCAGUUAACUUUGAUACUAGAAAUGAUUACGCAUUUAUUUACAACUAUAAAAAACUAUUAACAUCAGCUAGAUAAGAACAAUGAUGAAAACAAAACGAUACAAUUUGUGAAAUUAUUUGACUUGUAAACAGUUAUCCAAGCUAUUCAUUAUGAUAAUGAUUCUUUACGAAUUAAAUAUUUGCUAAAUAGUCCUUUAAUUUUUCCCUUAUGUCUUCUCCAUCUCGUAGAACAUUUGCUCCUGGACUUUGAUAGUUUGCAUCAUCAUGCUCAAAUUCUUCAUCCCAGUCGUCACCAUUUUGGAUACAAAUAUUAUGUAGCACAGCACAGGCUACUGUACAUUUAAUAGCAAAAGCAAUUCUACUGUCAAAACGAUUCUGCAGAAUUCUCCAACGACUUUUAAGAAUGCCAAACGCGCACUCUACCUGAAUACGAGCAGAAGAUAAAUUUUUGUUAAACAAAAUCUCAUCAGGGUCUCUUGUUCCUUCGGGGUAAGGUUUGAUAAGCCAUGGACCUAAGGUAUAGGCACUAUCUCCAACCAAAUAAGGACCAAUUUCUUCUCCGUUUAUAUUCUCAACUGGCUCAGUAAGAAUAUUUCGAUUCUCGGCAUUUCUAUAGACAUCACUACAUCGACGUACACGUGAAUCAUGCAUGCUCCCCGGAAAACCGCACGCAAAAUCUAUGAAUAAUCGUCUGCCGUUUACAAUGCCUUGGAUGAUAAAGUCAUGUUGCUGGUAUCUGCUAAAAUAGUCUGCUGAGCUUUCUGCUGGUGCUCUUAUUCGUAUGUGAGAGCCAUCGAUCGCUCCUACAAUGUUUGGCAAAUCGCUGAGAUCAGUAAAUGUUUCGAUUGACGCCUGAACUUCAGCAACAGUUUCGGGAAAUUUUAUGUAUUCUUUUCUAAUGUCAUAGAGAGAGUUCACUACAUCUUGGACUGCUUCGAUGACCGUUGUUCGUCCAACGCAGAAUGCAGGAGCAAUACUGACAUAUGAAUUCCCGUGUGCCAAUCGAUAUAUUCCAAUAGCCAGUACUGUACUUGGUGGAAUACAGUCUCUGAAUAUUGAGUUCUGUCUUUGUAGUCUAGGUCCAAGGAUAUUCAAAAUAACAUCAAAAGUUGCACGGUUAACUCGUAAUAAUUCUUUGAAGGUGCUAUCUGGAACUGUUAAAUCAUUAUAGUAUACAUCAAAGCAUGAUUCUUGAGGGCGAUUUAUCCUCCAAGCGUACGGUGCAAUUCUCAUCCUAUGAAAUCUUCGUCGAGCUCUUCUUCUAUUGAUAAGUGCAUUAAGUACAAGCGCAUAAUCAGCCAACCAUGCCUCAUAAAGGACGUAAAAAGCAAAGGUCUGUUGUUGUUGAGUCUGAUUAUAAAGAAGAAUCAGCACAAUCGUCGCAAGAGCAGUAAGUUGUUGCUGAUUCAUCGUUAACGCUACCCAAAGGAUUACUCUUGGCGGGAAUUAUAAUGUUUACAUUUAUAAAAUGGCGGGAACUUAAAGUGAAAUAUUAUACCUAUCAAUGAAUUGUGAUUUUUAUAAUGCGACCGUAAAUCUCAUAACAAAAAGUUUCAUUUCCGGAAAAACAAUUUAAUUUUUGAAAAUCUUUUUGGACUCGUUAAUCUAGAAUUUGGGUUGUAAUGCGACUUGGGCCUUAGAUAUCAAAUACCUUCUUAAGUCAUAAACACUUCGAUUUGCAUAAGAAUAGUCUUCCAUUUCAUUGAAAUAAAACACUGAUUGACUAAAUUCCUAUACAGAACUACUUCCGAUCCACAGAGAGUUGUCCUAACUUUGCUUUGAACCAAUCACAGUGCGACAUUCAUACAACGUGAUCAGUAUGCAAAUUAGCCRUCUUUUUAGUAAGAAAAGGUGGAUUACAUAUGA